CAAAGGCAAUCCGACUCUAAUGGAUGCUUCAAGAGAACCAAAGACAAUUGUGAAGCCUCCGAUGUCGCUUGGGAAGAGAAAAUGGAACAAGAUGGACAAAAAAUUGGCUUUUGCUUUAGUCUUCUUGCAUUUUCUUUGUAUUUUUGCGCCAUUACAAAUCAAUUUCGGUGCACUUUCCAUUUGUUUUUGUUUAUUUAUUAUUACAGGUCUAUUUGGUAUCACUCUUUCGUAUCAUCGAAAUCUUUCUCAUAAAAGUUUCAAAGUUCCUAAAUGGCUGGAAUACGUGUUUGCUUAUUGUGGAGUUCAUGCCCUUCAGGGUGAUCCAAUCUAUUGGGUGAGCACACAUAGAUAUCAUCAUCAAUUUGUUGAUACAGAACAAGACCCACAUAGCCCGAUUAAAGGAUUUUGGUUUAGUCAUCUUAUUUGGUUUCUCCAUAAGUGGGAUGGAAGUGCAAGUGAAAUGGUUGCAAGGCAUGAAAAGUUGGAUAAUGCUCGGGAUUUGGAGAACCAAACUUUUUACAAAUUUAUUCGUAAAACAUAUUUUCUUCAUUCAAUUGUCCUUGCGAUCAUACUUUAUGGCAUUGGAGGGAUUCCUUACUUCAUUUGGGGAACGUGUGUAAGAACUGUAAUGAUUUUACACUCAACAUUUAUGGUGAAUUCAAUAUGCCAUAUAUGGGGAAAGCAACCAUGGAAAACGAACGAUUUAUCGAGAAACAAUUGGUGGAUGAGUUUGCUUGCAUUUGGAGAAGGUUGGCACAAUAACCACCAUGCUUUCGAGUACUCAGCUAGGUUGGGCAUUGAAUGGUGGCAAUUUGACCCUGGUUGGUAUGUUAUUGUGUUUCUCCAAGCCAUUGGAGUGGCCACUCAUGUCAAAUUGCCAUCCCAAAGUCAGAUGCAAAAGUUGGCCAAAGACUAACUAAAAGGAGCCUCUCUUCGAGUGAUGUUUUAUAUGGAAUGUUUCAGAGUGUGGAAUAAAAGAAAUAACAAUAUAAUUAAAUUAGU